GUAAUCUCCAUGGAAGACUCUCAGGAUCUAAGUGAACAGUCAGUAAAGAAAACGUGUGCAGAAUCAGAUGUUUCAGAGCCUCCGAACUCCAGGUCUAUGGAAAUGCAAGAUCUAGCAAGUCCUCAUAAUCUGGUCGGAAGUAGUGAUGCAUCGGGUAGUUCCAAACUGGAUAAAUCCAAUCUGAGCAGUACAUCAGUUACAACAAAUGGAACUGGAGGAGACAACAUGACCGUUUUAAAUACUGCAGACUGGUUGCUGAGUUGCAGUACUCCUUCUUCUGCAACAAUGUCUCUUCUUGCAGUGAAAACAGAGCCCAUGAACAGCAAUGAAACAACAACAACAACUGGAGAUGGAUCACUUGACACUUUUACUGGGUCAGUAAUAACAAGUAGCGGCUACAGUCCAAGAUCAGCACAUCAGUACUCUUCUCAGCUAUAUCCCUCCAAGCCCUAUCCACACAUUCUUUCUACACCAGCAGCUCAAACAAUGUCUGCCUAUGCCGGACAAACCCAGUAUUCAGGAAUGCAGCAGCCAGCGGUGUAUACAGCCUACUCACAGACAGGACAGCCAUACAGCUUACCUACCUAUGAUUUGGGUGUAAUGUUGCCAGGCAUCAAGACGGAAAGUGGGCUCUCGCAGACACAGUCACCACUGCAGAGCGGGUGCCUCAGUUACAGCCCAGGGUUUUCCACCCCACAGCCAGGCCAAACACCRUACUCUUAUCAAAUGCCAGGUUCUAGUUUUACACCGUCAUCCACUAUUUAUGCAAACAAUUCAGUUUCAAAUUCUACAAACUUCAGUAGCUCACAACAGGAUUAUCCAUCCUACACAGCUUUUGGCCAAAACCAAUAUGCACAGUAUUAUUCAGCAUCAACAUAUGGCGCAUAUAUGACCUCAAACAACACGGCCGAUGGCACUUCAUCAUCAUCAUCAACCUACCAAUUACAAGAGUCUCUCUCUGGCCUGACUGGUCAACCAGGGGAGUUUGACACAGUACAGAGUCCUUCCACACCAAUCAAAGAUCUUGAUGAGAGAACAUGUAGGAGUUCUGGGUCAAAGUCCCGGGGUAGAGGGCGGAAGAAUAAUCCAUCACCCCCUCCGGACAGUGACUUGGAGCGUGUAUUUGUUUGGGAUUUGGAUGAAACUAUCAUAGUUUUUCAUUCGUUGCUUACAGGAUCCUAUGCACAGAAGUAUGGCAAGGAUCCUCCAAUGGCAGUGACYCUUGGCCUGCGAAUGGAAGAAAUGAUUUUUAAUCUUGCUGAUACACAUUUAUUUUUUAACGAUUUGGAGGAGUGUGAUCAAGUUCAUAUAGAUGAUGUUUCUUCUGAUGAUAAUGGACAAGAUCUAAGUACCUACAGUUUUGCAACUGAUGGCUUCCAUGCAGCUGCAAGUAGUGCAAACCUUUGUCUGCCAACAGGUGUAAGAGGAGGGGUUGACUGGAUGAGGAAGCUGGCUUUCCGUUACAGAAGAGUAAAAGAGUUGUAUAAUACUUACAAGAACAACAUAGGAGGUCUCCUUGGUCCUGCUAAAAGAGAUGCAUGGUUGCAAUUAAGAGCAGAAAUUGAAGCUCUAACAGAUUCCUGGUUAACAAAUGCACUUAAAUCAUUAUCAAUUAUCAGCACAAGGAGUAACUGUGUAAAUGUCUUGGUAACAACAACCCAGCUUAUUCCAGCCCUUGCAAAAGUCCUGCUAUACAGCUUAGGAGGAGCUUUUCCUAUUGAAAAUAUUUACAGUGCAACCAAAAUAGGCAAAGAGAGCUGUUUUGAGCGUAUAGUGUCCAGAUUUGGCACUAACAUAACUUAUGUUGUGAUUGGAGAUGGCCGAGAUGAGGAGCAUGCAGCUAAUCAGCACAACAUGCCUUUCUGGAGGAUAUCCAGUCAUUCAGACCUCUUGGCUCUCCAUCAAGCACUGGAACUAGAGUAUUUGUAACUGUGUUCUAAAGUUGGCGCUCCGUUUUUAUAUAUAUAUAUAUUUCAAGUACACUGAAUUUUUAUGUGUGAUUCAAUGCCUCUGGCUUUACACAUA